CCCCUCGGGUCUAGCUCCGCCUCUUCCGCGUUCUCGGCAGAGACCUGCAGGUGGGGGUGCGCGCGGCCGCUCUGGCGCUGGUCAGCUAAGAUUUCAUGCUGGAUGGGAUGAAGCAGAGACAGGUGGCAAACUGAAGGACAUUGGCCAGGCAGAGGCCAGUGGAUAGCUCCCUGCGUCUGGAAGACAACAACCUUGGGAUUCCUCUGGGAUUUCACGAGCCUCGCUGCUGAGUCGAAGAAUUCUGUGGUUUCAAAAAACAACUCUCCCUCAACAAGUUCUGUUUGCAAGAAAAACCUUAACCAUUUCUCCCCUCUGACGUACCUUCUUCCGUUGAGAUCCAUGCAGAAUAGACCAGAGAUGGGCAGCAGCGAGCCCCUUCCCAUCGUGGACAGCGACAAGAGGAGGAAGAAGAAGCGCAAGACCCGGGCCACAGACUCUCUGCCGGGAAAGUUUGAAGAUGUAUACAAGCUGACCUCUGAGUUGCUGGGAGAGGGAGCCUAUGCCAAAGUCCAGGGUGCUGUGAGCCUGCAGACCGGCAAAGAGUAUGCUGUCAAAAUCAUUGAAAAGCAAGCAGGGCACAGUCGGAGUCGAGUAUUCCGUGAAGUGGAGACGCUAUAUCAGUGUCAAGGAAACAGGAACAUUUUGGAGCUGAUUGAAUUCUUUGAAGAUGACACACGGUUUUACUUGGUCUUUGAGAAAUUGCAAGGAGGCUCCAUCCUCGCACACAUCCAGAAGCGGAAGCACUUCAACGAGCUAGAAGCCAGCAGAGUGGUGCGGGACGUUGCCUCUGCCCUUGACUUCCUGCACACUAAAGGCAUUGCUCACCGGGAUCUGAAGCCAGAAAAUAUACUGUGUGAAUCUCCAGAAAAGGUGUCUCCAGUGAAAAUUUGUGACUUUGACUUGGGCAGCGGGGUGAAGCUGAACAACUCCUGCACACCCAUAACCACACCAGAGCUGACGACUCCAGUCACUGUGGGGCUGACUGUGGCUGGGACCGGGGAGAGGUUUGCAGGGUGUGCCAGAACAAGCUAUUUGAGAGCAUCCAGGAAGGCAAAUACGAGUUUCCCGACAAGGACUGGGCUCAUAUCUCCAAUGAGGCCAAAGAUCUCAUCUCUAAGCUCCUGGUUCGAGAUGCGAAGCAAAGACUCAGCGCUGCCCAAGUUCUUCAGCACCCGUGGGUACAAGGGCAAGCUCCAGAAAGGGGACUCCCCACGCCGCAAGUCCUCCAGAGGUAAACGCUUCCAUCUCACCCGCUGCCCUCUCACCUUGGCUUUGACUCUCCCUCCGGUCCUCAGCCAUGUACGGGACAUGGGCCCAUCUUCAGGCUCUGAUGCCCUCCCUCUCCAGAGAGUUCUCUGACCACUUCUCAGUUCUCACCAAUCUCCACACAGAUCUCUCUUUCUCUCAGCUUCAUCUCGGUCUCUCUUUGCAGGAAAACCCCUGUUUUCUACCCAGUUGAAUGUGACUGUUAAUCACCAUUUACACCCCAGAGAUGGUCCUUAUCUGUGGAUCAUUCUCUCAGGAGGGUCUUGCCCCUAGCAUUGGUAAAAGGAAAAGGAAUCGGGGCCACUGUAAGGCAGAGGAGCAAGUUGUCACAUAUACUGCUAGGCACACAGGAAUGAUUAUGGCUUCUAUGUCUUAAAUGCUUACCACAUGUUCUGUGUGGUACUAAUGGUAUUCCAUACACAAUCAUUUGUAGCUCAAAGACCAGGGUCCACGCUGAGAGAUGUAGUGAGAGAACUGCAGUUCUAGCUGAGGGCAUAGUCCAGGGGUAGCCCGUGAGCUUAGCAUCAACAAGGCCCAGCACUAAAAACAGGAAAGGGACAAGAAAUACAAUUUUGUCACAUACAAACAUCAGAGAUGACACUGGGUGGUACAAUCAUGUGCACAUGUCAGCAACCGAAAUGCCACACAGUGGGUGACUGUGCUGUAUCCAUAGUCUUUACAACAAAUUUAAGUUUUCCAGUCCCCGUUUUAGAGGUGGAAAGGUAAGACUCAACGGGCUCAGGUUAACUUGUGCUGGGACCCAUUGCAGCUGUAGAUAAAUUCCUACCAAGCUCUACCCAUAGAACCAGAGCUAAGCUGGACAGAAACCCCCUUAGGGACUCAGCCUCGUGCAAACCCAUGUUCAGCAUCCACGAGGCUCUGGACCACUGCAGCUCGUAGGAGGAACUAUCCACAAUAGUCUCCUUUUGUGCACCCCAGGCUGCUUCCAAGUGCCAAACCCUGGGUCCCUCUUAGAUGAUUAUUCAACAGACCCAAAGCGUCUGGCCGAUUCUGGCUCUGGGCUGGGUUCUAGGAGCACAGAGAUAAUAAAUAGCACAGGCCCUGUACAGAGCCCCUGCCUACGGGGAGAAGGAGACCAGUGCAGCAUCUUGGCUCGGGAAGAGCUGGGACAAUGGUAGAGCCUGGAGGUGGGUUCUCUGAGAAGAGGCCAUUUGCCCUGACUGUCCAGCCCAGGAGCCUCAAUGGCCAUUCUCAUCUUAGUCCAGCAAGGUUCCAAACCCAGGCAGAGCCGCUUUGGAGAGAGCAGCUGACCCAGGCAAAUCGGCUGGAUGGUAGGACCCAGCUGUGAGUGGGUGCAUCUGCGAGCCUGCCUGCCUGCCUGCCUGAUCUCAAUCCUGCUGCCCUCUUCUCCAUGCCUUUCCCGGCCCCUACAGAAACAGCAGCACCAUGGACCUGACACUCUUUGCAGCUGAGGCCAUUGCCCUUAACCGCCAGCUGUCUCAGCAUGAGGAGAAUGAACUGGCUGA